UAAUAUUUUCUCUUUAAUUUAAUGUUCAACAAACCGUUGUUGCUUUUCAUCAAUGCAGAAGUUCACACAUCGAGAAGGCUUUUACGUUAAUAGCAUAACCUUUGUUUUACUUUACCUCAUUUCAAGGUCAAAUUGUGUACCAUUUUGAGACGUUAUGGUUCCUCAAAAUUACCUAAAACCGUCCCACUUUGUUUAGAAUGAGCCCACAAUAUACCUCUGACACAGUGUGAGUCAUACAAAUGAUUACUUCCUUCCCAUAUUUGGAACCAUUUUAGUACUUUCUCUACCACACAAGAGUCUAUAAUAAGACCUGUGGGAGGCCUUUUCCUUUUGCAGGAAAUACAGCAAAUCAAUCAAAGUUCAAAAUUUGGCAAUAAUAUCAAUGACGCACUAAUGCAAGUUCUUUUUAGCUACACAAGUGACAUGGCUCGAGGGAUUUCUCACAUCGGACGGUUGGGCGGUCUACCACUUUGGUCAAGACUGAAAUAUCUCAACAACUAUUGCCAUGAUUGCUACAGACUUUCAUGGUCCCCCAAAACGACUUUCCUGAUCCCCAGAUUUCCCCAAAAUUUGUGAGAGAAAUGUCUCAAAAUGUAUAUGAUCGGUGCCCUAGAAUUUCUCCCCUUCAGGAUGAAUUGUUAUAUACUUGGUGAUCUUUGACCUUUCAUCUACAGAAGUGGUUCUCAACCUUUUUUGUGUCAAGGUUUCAUUUUACAGGUCUGUAAAUUUCUUGGAAAUUAGAUGAUAAUUAGCAAGUAACCUAUUUGAAAUUUCUCUGGAAUUACUGCCAAAUUACCCCAAUAUUUAUGAAAAGCACAAUGGCAGAAAGAGCACCGUGACCAAGAUCUACUAAAGAAAAUCCCUAAAUUGCUAAAUAUAUAAAGGCUUAGCAUAAUGGCUGUCUCAAUGUGUGAGUGUAUGCUCUCCAGGUGUGUACCUGUGGGCCAUGUAAUAUUCCUAACACACUUUUACACAUGGCAUGAUGAGAAGGGAGCCCCACACAAAGAGUAGCCUAGGGGCCCCUGAACACCUUAAUCCGCCACUGAUUGUAGGGAAAUCCUACCCAUCCUGCCUUUAAAAUUACAGCUACAAUUGCAAAUGUUCAUAUCACUUUUCAUAUUUACCACACCACACUUACUAUUUUAGUAAGUAAUCCUCUUACAACUGUCUUUCAAAGCCCUCCUUUAACAGUGCAGAUAACUCAUCAUAUGCUCGUAAACAAGUCUGAAUAUGCCUUUCUACUGUCAGUGUUUGCAUCUCCUCUGGCUCCCAACUAGUCACAUUCCAGUGAGGGACGGCCACAGGUAGGAAGCUGGUGAAAGAGAAAGGUAAUGGGAUGAAAAAGAGAAACGGGUGUGAGCGAAGGAGGAGAAAGAAAACAAAAACACACCAAUGAGGAGACCAUGGGGGUUCAACACUACUGGCUGCUGCUGCUGUUGGUCGCCUGCCGUGAAGGGAUUACAGGUGCUGUGAGUGACAUCAGUCCAUAUAUAAAGCAUUAUGAGGGCUUGUCAUACGACAGGGAGGAUCUUCACAGGAAGCACCUGAGAGUCAGGAGAGCCUCACAACCUCAGGAACACACGCUGCAGUUGGACUUUACUGCUUUCCACAGAACUUUCCGUCUGCGUUUGAAACGCGAUGUAGCAGCGUUUUCCGAAAAUUUCAUGGUGGUCAGUGAAAAUGGUUCCACAUCGCCUGACCUCUCCCACAUUUAUUCAGGAACACUAGAGGGUGAACGUGGUUCAGCCUGCCAUGGCUCGGUGUUACAGGGUCAGUUUGAGGGAACCAUCCAUACAGACAACGGGACCUAUCACAUAGAGCCAGUACAUAGAUACACCAGCAGUCAAACAGAUCACCACUCUAUAAUCUACCACGAGGAUGACAUGGUCCUGCCAUCCAUGAGAACUGGUGGAACUGAUGGAUUCUGUGGUGCAGAACCUCUAAACCUCCUCGCCCAAAGCCUCCGACCCGAUGAGGAGGCGCCAGCGAGCCGGUCGAGGAGAACAGUCGAUGAGUCAAAGACCAGUUGCCUGCUCCACUUCCACGCUGACCACCUCUACUACAAGAAGUUUAAGUCCUCUGACGCAGUCCUUGCUCAGGUCGCCUCCUACAUGCGAGCUGUGAACGACAUCUACGACAAGGUGGAUUUUGAUGGAGUCAAGCUGAUCAACUUUAAACUGAAAUCCCUCAUAAUGGAUAAGGAGGAGAACAAAGACGAUCCUCUGAACCCCCUGUACAUCGGGCCUGAGAAACUAUUGAGUCUGUACUCUGAGAAGAACUGGGGCAACUUCUGUCUGUCCUACCUGCUCACUAACAGAGACUACAGCGGAGUGCUGGGGCUCGCCUGGGAGGGCAAAGCUGGUAACUGGGGAGGAAUAUGUUCCAAGGAGACUACCCUGCGUAAUGGCCGGACCUCCACCCUGAACACCGGUCUGGUCACCAUUCAGAACUACGGACGAUUCCUGCCUCGUCCACACGUCCAGCUGACCCUCGCUCACGAGCUCGGCCACAGCCUGGGAUCACCGCACGACGAGGGCUCAAACUGUGGAAACCUCGGCUCCAGCAGCGGCAAAGGCAGGUACCUGAUGUUCCCUCACGCCACAGACAAGGUUCGCGAAAACAACGAGAAGUUUUCGCCCUGCAGCAUCGAACACAUCAGCAAGACCCUGAAGCUGAAGAAGGACGACUGUUUUGUGGUCAGUGAUCAGCCCAUCUGUGGAAACCAGAUUGUCGAGAAAGGCGAGGAGUGUGAUGUCGGUCACAACGAGACAGACCUCUGCUGCUUCAGCGCUAAACAGCCUGUAGGAAUCCAGUGUCUUCUCAAGUCUGGUAAAACCUGCAGUCCAAGUCAGGGCCUGUGCUGCGGUCAGGAUUGUGAGUUCAAGCCGGCGGGUGAGACCUGCGAUGAAGAGACAGACUGUCAGAGAGAAGGCAUGUGUUCAGGCCUCUCCCCGCUCUGCUCCGAGCCGAGCGCAAAGGAAAACCUCACAGUGUGCAGUCAGGGCACGCGUGUCUGCAUGAACGGGGUCUGUGUCGAGUCGGUGUGUGUGAAGCACAGUCUGCAGCAGUGUGACUGUCCAGGAGACUCAAUGAAGGAGAAAUGCCACAUGUGCUGCCAGCAGCCCGGUAAACCCGAGACGUGUGCCAGCACCACCUCCUCCGUGCUGUCCCGUCACUUCCAGAAGAAGGCGUUGGCGUUGGUCGGCGGCGCUCCGUGCUCAGGGAACCGGGGAUACUGCGACAAAUUCCACGUGUGUCGUCUGCUGGAUGCAGAUGGCCCCAUCGCAAGACUGAAAAACUCCUUCCUCAAUUUGGAUGACUUCGAUGACAUAGCGGAGUGGAUGAAGGCUCAUUGGUGGGCCAUCCUGCUGGCUAUCCUGACUCUGUCUGGAGUGAUGGGCUGCACCGUCUGCCUCUGCGGCCACAAGCUGGAGGACAGCAACUUGGAGUGACCUAAGACUUGUGAUUCCCGUCACCUCUGGGAAUACGCUCAAAUUCAUUAGGAUUCAUUCACCUGGGAUUUUGAAGUGUCAAGGACAUAUUUGAAAAGAUUCAACUUUGUUCCACAGACAGUGUUUGAUCUGCAGGUGACCUGCUCAGCGCCUCUCACGCUGUUUUGGUAACGGAUACCUUUGUACGUCAUUAUGCAUCUGCCAUUGUCUGUUCCUUGUGUCACUUGUCUAUUUACAUCUCAACAAGCGAUGAGGGUCUCCUGUGAUGUAUAUGUUGUGGAAAACGCCACUGCCAACUGGGUCGGUCAUCUCCCCCUAUGAGGCCACAUAGCAUCACACACCUCCAGCCAUUUAAAGACUGACGGGACUCUCCCUUGUUUCGCCCUGCGGUGUGUCCUUGCUGUUGUGUUUGAACUUGAGCGCUAGUUUCAGCUUUCCAUCACAGUGAGACUGUUUCAGCUUUAAUAUCCUCCCAGCGAGAGAGGGAGUGAGGUAACUUUGUGGACCUCUUGACAGGAUCUUUGGCUUGAAUGCUGUCAUUGCUUUUUUACAAACCUAAUAAAGUUAAUUAAGUGACCGUCAA